UGUCAUCUGGAAAUCGAUUAUAAUAGUGUGAGGUAUUUAGUCCUGACCCCGUGGCACCCGGGGGCUCCACGUGGUCCUGCUAAACCUCAGAGCUUUGCUCCAGCGGACAAUGGACUAAGCGGAUCGUAGCCUGCACCAAUCCGAGAACUAGGCUCCCGGCCAAGAGCCCGUGGAACUGUCAGCUAUGCUGCCAUGAAGGAGACCAUCAUGGUGCGAAAAGUGGCCAUUAUCGGCGCUGGGGUGAGCGGCCUGGCAUCCAUCAAGGCCUGCCUGGAAGAAGGACUGGAGCCCACCUGCUUCGAGAGGAGCAAUGGCAUCGGGGGACUCUGGCACUUCACAGAUUCUGCCAUGGAUGGCAGAGCCAGCAUUUAUGCCUCAGUGUGCACCAAUUCAUGCAAAGAAAUGAUGUGUUUCCCAGACUUCCCUUUCCCAGAGGAUUUUCCAAACUACUUGCAUAACACCAAGCUUCAGGAGUACAUCCAGAUGUUUGCCGAGCACUUUGAUCUUCUGAAAUACAUCAAGUUUAAGACUCUUGUGAUCCACGUGAGAAAACGUCUUGAUUUUCCAAUCACUGGCCAAUGGGAAGUGGAAACCGAAACGGAAGGCCAGGUGGAAUUGGACGUGUUUGACGCUGUCAUGGUUUGCUCCGGCCAUCACGUCUAUCCAAAUAUCCCAGCUAAUAAUUACCCUGGGAUGGAGAAGUUUAAGGGCAAAUACUUCCACAGCCGGGAAUACAAAGGGCCUGAGAAGUUCAGAGGGAAGAGAGCCCUGGUGGUUGGCCUCGGGAAUUCUGGCUCUGACAUCGCCGUGGAGCUUAGCAACGUGGCCUCUCAGGUUUAUCUCAGCUCUAGAAGUGGAUCCUGGGUGAUGAGUCGGGUGUGGGAAAACGGCUACCCUUGGGACAUGUUGAUCAUCAAUCGCUUUGAGACGUUCCUCAGGAACGCCCUCCCUACGGCGAUCAGCGACUGGUUGUUCGAGAAGCAAAUGAGCAGAUGGUUUGACCAUGAGAACUUCAGCCUGGUGCCAGUAAAUAGGACACUGCGCAAGGAGCCGGUGUUCAAUGACGAGCUCCCGAGCCGCAUCACGUGCGGAAGUGUUGUGGUGAAGCCCGGUGUGAAGGAGUUUACAGAAUCCUCUGCCGUAUUCCAGGACGGGACUGUGCAGGAAGGCCUCGAUUAUGUCAUCUUUGCAACGGGCUAUACCUUCGCCUACCCGUUCAUGGAUGACGAGUCCAUCCUCAUGUGCAGAGACAACACGGUCACCCUAUACAAAAGCAUCCUCCCCCCUCGGCUGGAAAAACCCACCAUGGCAGUGAUUGGCUUGGUUCAGUCUCUUGGAUCAGCGAUCCCAACUGCGGAGCUCCAGAGUCGCUGGGCCACAAGAGUCUUCAAGGGGUUAUGUAAGCUGCCUUCAGAGAGCCACAUGAUGGAAGACAUCGAUGAGAAGAUGGGGAAGAAGCUCAAGUGGUACGGCCAGUGCGAUUCCCUGCAGACAGAUUACAUCGUCUACAUGGACGAACUCGCCUCUGUGAUUGGCAUCAAGCCCAACAUUCCACUCCUCUUCCUGACAGACCCCAGACUGGCCGUGCAAGUUUAUUUUGGCCCCUGCAGCCCAUACCAGUUCCGCCUGACGGGACCCGGGAAGUGGGACGGGGCCAGGAACGCCAUCCUGACCCAGUGGGACCGAACGCUGAAGGCCACAAGGACCAGAAUUGUACACAGUCCUCAGAGCUCUUUCCCACUCUGUGCUUUCCUCAGAAUUUUGGCCCUCCCACUUCUCAUUGCCGCAGUUUUUUUGGUGUUUGUCUGAUUCAUCUCUGGGUGGAACAAGAUGCAGCAGCAGCUGCUUAAACCCUGACCUCCACUUGUGCAGGAAGAACGGGGUGAGGGGGAAGGGACACACGGGGAGGGGUGCAGAGCCUUUGCCCCUCCCAUGACUUACCUGAUCCCCAACCCUAAACCCCCAAUAUCACUUCCAGUUUCAAGAGCUCUUGGGGCAGUGCAUUUGGGUCUACACGAAGCAAGAUAUACCCAAAAAACUCCUUAUCAGUAUGUUUCAGGUAUAUUCCACCUUCCCAAAUGUAUUUGGGUUUCCUUGGGGAAACUGGGGGAAAAAAUCCCCCAAAAAAUCCUGGAUACAUUUGGGAAUUACCGGUGGAUCCGAAAGCAGAGGAGAGCAAUCUGCUCCUGCCUCUCAGCUGUUUCUCGGGCUUCUACUGCAGUCCCUUUAAAGUUUAAAGGGACUGCAGAAGACAGCCUGAGGAUCAGGAUUGGCUGUGCUGGGGGACUCAGAUCCUGGGUGCAGUGCAGUUUAAACCAUGCUGCAGGAGAAACCAUCUCAGCCAGGGUCUGCACACCUCAGGGGGCAAUCUCCCUCAGGCACACAGACCCUGGGUCUAGCUCCUUAGCCUCUAUAGACACUUCUGCACACACUGAAUAACACACUUCCAGUUAGGGUUGUGAGUUCUGGGUUGGCAAAUUCCAGGAAAUUCUGGGGGUGGAGC